CCUCCUCCUCCUCCUCCGUUUCCAGACACUUCCAGCCCGGUUCCUCCGCCCCCCGGCCCCGCGGUGCCAUAAAGCGGCCGGAGCGGCGCCCCCGCCCGGCACUGGGAUCGGAGCGGGCAGAGGCGGAGCGCAGCCCUCGGCCCCGGAGCAGCCCAUCCAUGAGCGCCGCCGCGCAGCCCCCGCCGCCCCCCGCGCCCAUGGACGGCAGCGCCGAGCCGCUGCCCCCGGGCUGGGAGAUCAAAAUCGACCCGCAGACCGGCUGGCCUUUCUUCGUGGAUCACAACAGCCGCACCACCACGUGGAGCGACCCGCGGGUGCGGGCGGCAGCGCAGGAAGGCCAAGCGUCAGCAAACGGUCCAUCUCGUGAUAGCCCCAAGCAGCAGCCAGCGAGAGAAGGAAACAUGGGCUACCCCAAGCUCCGGGCUGGCUAUAUCCCUAUUCCCAUCAUCCACGAGGGCAUCGAUGGGCGACGGCAGCACCCCUGCUUCUCUGCUCCGCAGCCCGGCGUGCAGCGAUACAAGACAGAAGCCAUGCCCACGUCAACGCAGGCGCAGCCACCUCUGAGGGGGGCCUAUGCCGGCCCUGAGUCCCCUCCAAGGGGACCGACGGAGGCUUCCCAGGCGGAUAAACAGUGUGGACAGACAACGGCAGCUGCUGCAGCCCCAGCGCCGGCUGCACACGGACCUGAGCCUCAAUCUCCUGGAGCUCCCGAUUCUCCAACAGUUUCCUCUCAGACCACUGGCAGACCCAACGCAGGGAGCCAUCAGCUUCCUCGCGGUUAUAUUCCGAUUCCUGUGAUCCAUGAAAAUAUCCAACGGCAACCACCGCAAGUCUACCACCAGGCGCAGAAGACGCACUACCCUGCCCAGCAGGGCGAGUACCAAGCCCACCAACCAGUGUUCCACAAAAUUCAACCCGAUGAGAGGGAGCCGAAGCCAGCGCGAGCGCAGUCUCCGUUCCGAGUGGCUCAGAGAGGUUCAUCGAGCCGCGAAAGCUCCCCGGCCAGAGUUACCACCCAGAUACAGCCCCCAGCUCCCAUCAGAGUGCAGACAGUUGUAGACAGACCCCAGGUUUCUCAGCAACCAGUCCCACCUCAAGAGCCACCAAGACCACCUCCACCACCUGAAAUGAAGCCAGAGAACAAGGCAGUCCCACCACCCGAAACUGAGAUGCCAGCGACAUACGUCCCAAUUCAGGUCACCCACCAAGAACCGGAUCCUAAACUGCCACCCCAGAAGCCUCCAGCCACAGCAGAGAAAGUCGAUAAAAAGGUUCCUUGCCCAGCUAAGGUUGUUCCCCCACAGGAGAGACCUCCUCCUGAAGAAACAGCAGCACCGAAGACAACGGAAACGGGAGAACCUCCAAAGCAUCCUGGUGUUUUGAAAGUGGAGGCAAUUCUGGAGAAAGUACAAAUGCUUGAGCAGGCAGUCGACUCCUUUGAAGGCAAGAAAACUGACAAAAAAUACUUGAUGAUUGAAGAGUAUUUGACCAAAGAGUUGCUAGCCCUAGACUCGGUGGACCCUGAGGGUCGUGCGGAUGUGCGCCAGGCCAGGAGAGAUGGUGUAAGGAAGGUCCAGAACAUUUUGGAAAGACUUGAACAGAAAGCAGAAGAUGUCCCUGAACCAGUUCAAGUUGAUGGACUUGAGCCAAAUUUGCCAGAGCCAAAGCCCCCACAGGACAUCAUGGAGACUGAACCUGUGGUAGUCAAGAACAAGGAAGAUACCAGUAACAAAGAUGCUAAGGAGGAAACCAAAGUGGAAAAACAUCAGCCUGAAAAUAAGGAAGAAGUGUUUACCAAUCUGGCCACCACAACAAACACAUCCAAUAACACAACCAAACCAUAGCCCCGUGCUGAAAUCUCUCAGACUUUAUAACUGAAUGUGUGUUUAAGUGAAUUUUAAGUUGCAUGCAUUUCCAGAGCUCUUUUCAACUGUUUUUUAAUCGACAUAGCAGCUUGGGACACCGUAAACACUUUGUGGGGGAAGGAGGGAGAAGAAAGAGAGUAACGCAUUUAUCCUUUAUUCUUACACUAUGUAAAAGCCGUGUUUCAAAAAUAAAUCCUGUACCUUAACCACUUUUAGAUCAGCUGAGUGAAAAGAACCCCAAGCAAAUGAACGACUUCAGGGCUAACAUUGACGCGUGGUGUUCAGGGUGUGUUCUUUCACAGGUGAUCUUCAUACAAUCGAUGGCCUGUGUGGUCCGAACACCUGUCCUCCUGUACCCGUAGCCACUCUUAACGGUUAAUGUUUUUAUUUUCAUGUUCACAGUUGGGCACUUUAACGAUGGAUAGAAAGUGUGUAAGAAACUGUAGGGAUAUUUAUAUGUGUGCAGGACUUCAAUGCUAUAUUUUAAGAGGGAAAUAAAAUAAUACAGAAGC